AUGGCGACCGCAGGGGCCAAGAAAUCCCGGCGGAAGCCCGCAGACAUGGACGACCUCAAGUCGGAGGUCGCGACAUUUGCCUCCUCCCUGGGUCUCGCCUCCUCCACGGGGGUCGCCUCGGGUUUCGACGACUCUGACUUCCGCAAGACCGGCGCUAUGAAGACCCCCAAGCCAGAUUCCGAGGCGCCGAUUCCUGAGCCGCCGCGAGGCAGGAGCGGCGAGGGAGAGAGAGCUGUGAAGCCGCCCCGGGGGCGUGCGGCGAAGCCCAAUCCUCUAGAGCACAUCGACCCGUUUGGUGGCGGUGAUGGUGCCGGGGAGAAAGUUGCAAAAGGGAAGCUUCCUCUGAUGAGGGCGACCACACCAAUGGGGCUGUGGUAUGAGGAAUUGGGUGAGCUGGAGGCGAGGGUGCUUACGGGGGCAAGCCAGGGCGCGAUUCCGGUGAUGGGAUUGGAGGAGCUGAAGCGCCUUGUUGAGAGGAAGAAGGAUCUGGCAGAGAGGCUGAUGGCGCAGUACGCCGAAGAUUAUGAGGCAAGGACAAGGAGACAUGGCGACUGGCAUCUCGUUCGGAUGGCGGCGAAGUCAGGAACCACCAAUGAUAAGGUCACCGCUCUGGCCACGCUAGUGGGUGACAAUCCCGUCGCGAAUUUGAAGUCGCUUGACAUUCUCCUGGGUGAGUUUAUUUAUAAUUUGCUUGAGCUGGGCCUAUCUUCUCACGAUGCUGAAAUUUGUUUCCCUCCUGAAGGAAAAGUGCAAUUGAUAAGCCUUCUUCGUUUAGACAGUGGCAAAGCUGGGCUUACUUUUACGAGAUAUUAAUUCUCAUUUGAUGAUCACUUGAAUCCAACAAGUGGGUUUCAUUGGGUGACGGAGAAUUUUGUUGGCAACGUUGAGAUUCUCUUUUCGGAUUUAAUUAAAUAAAGUUAAAGCUUAUGCUGUUUCCUGACAUUGUUCUUUCUCCAUCAUCCACGAAGCCUCAGUUCUAGUUUUCGUACAUUCGGCCCUUUUCAUUUUUUUUUCAUUAAUCUAAAAGGUUUAUUUUAACUCCAUUGCAGGCCUGGUGAACGCAAAGGUGGGAAAACGCUAUGCUUUUAAAGGAUUUGACCAUUUGACUGAGUUGUUUAAAACUAGGUCAGUGAUGGUAUUUUCUGUUAGUUUCUUGAUUUUCAGUUGAACUUAAGUUGAUAGUAUGUUUCUCUUCCACUUCACCUGUGAUGGAUUUCUUAUAGCGCAUCCUAAUUUAUUUAUCACUUUCUAGUAGUUAAUCCCUGUAUUAUUUUUUCUACGUUUGUCUUUGACUGCAAUGUAUAAGCACUACCAUCCGUAUAGUUGUUGAAAAUGCAGUAUUCGUGUGUGAAAACCUGCAACACUCAUUAAUGGGUGUAAAAAAUGAUUAGAUCCCUGGACAUUGCAUUGUUAAAUUUCUUUGAGGAACCAUGCAAAUUCGAACCUGAGUCUACUAUUAGAGCUGGAGACAUGAAAUUAAAAAUGUGCCCUGGUUUCAUUUUCUGUUGGAAAUUAGAAAGCUUAACUUAUUAUACAUUUUGUUGCUCUCUUCCUCUGUUGCAUCUUGCAAACCCUUAUAUUCUUAUUCCUUGUGUCUUAUGUAAUGCUCCGGUUUAACGAGGAUAACAGAUCCAUGAACCAGUUAUCUUAGAAGAAAUGAAGCAUGUGUCUAGUUUUUUCAAGUCUAAUAUUAGACCGCAAAGUUUGAGCUACUUUUUUCCUACAUUUGGAGUUGUUUUCUAAAAAAUUCUUCGAUUUAAAAUCGUGCUGUAUGUCUAGGUAAAAGUCCAUUUUCUUAAUGAUAAGCUUUCCACUUAUGCAUGCCCAUGAAGAAUUAUUAUAGGUGUAUGCGAGGGUGUAUAAGGUGCCAUGCAUUUUCAUGUUGGUUUGAGCAUGAGAACUCUAACUCUAUUAGGCAAAACUUGAGCUAUGAAACAACAAAUUGCCAGUGUGAAAUAACGUGUUUAAUAACUCUAAUCAUUAAUAUGUGUCUUCUCUUUAACAUUUUGAUCCAUUCUCUUUUGAGAAAUAAUGGUAUUUCGUUCAAUGUUUGCUUGUACAAGUCGCAAGACUCUUGCCCCAAAUUUUGCAAACAAGAGUUUUGGUAUGAUAGGGUUAAAAGUAUAGAAUGAUUUGGGAGACGAUAUAAACUAUGUUUUGAGUGUUUUUGAACUAAAUUAUGAGAGAUAAAAUGAUGAAAAAGUUGGGUAAAUGAAACGCAUUAAGUUUAAAUGAGAAAUGAAGAAAUAAUGUGUUGUAAUGUACUCCUUGCUGUUGUUUGCAUAUGUUCUAUUCUCUGGUACUGGGUAAAAUUGAAGAUCCAAUUCUGAAACCCAGAACCCAAUUUAUAUUGAAGUUAAUUUAUCUGACUUAUGCGAUUCAGAUUAUAUUUGCUGUGUAAGGGGCCCUAAGAAAUUCAAAUAUCUGCAGAACUGAGAUUAAUUAAUGAUGUCUCUGUAUAUACAAAAAACAUGAAAGUGGGUUCGAAUAAAUCUGUUUGAAACUAAGCAUUCCAUUAAUCUGAACCAUUCACAUUCAGUCACUUGCAGUUGAAUUAGGAAGUAGCUGGCAAUAUGAUGGAGGAGCCAGAGCACUGCGGGGUGGUGCUUGGUGGAACAAUCUAGGGCAAUAUAAUGGUGUGCAACGGAAAGUAAAAGAUGGUGGAGGGAGGCAGAAACUAUGGUAGCAUCAAACUGGGGUAUAAACUUGAAAAACAUUGACAGAGAUUAGGUUUGGUCAACAUGACUCUCUUGCAAGAGAAAAAGGAUGUGGUGUCUGAGAGCGAGAGAAGGGAAAUGAUGGCAGAAUAAUUUUGACAUGUGCUAGCAAUUAGGUUUGGUCAACUUGACGAGAUUUGGUCUAGCUCAGGAUUAAUAUUUGGGACCUUUGUGUUAUGCCACGAAUCUCUAUUAAGUUAGAUUGGUACCCAUGCAAGUCAGUCUGAUUUUUUAUUGAGUGGCAUCCUCGUUUCUUGACUCCAACAUAAGAAGCUGUCUCAGCUGAUCCCCACCAUAGAUCAAGUUUAUGUAAACCUUAUUCCGACAUGAUGAACUGCCUGCUGACCCCAUUUGAUUAGGAUUAUGUAUCGUGAUUCCAAUAUAAGGGACCAUUUGGUGCUCAAUUUCAAUCACGAAGGCAAGAAACCAGUCAUAGCUGCCCAUUGUGACAUGCUGCUGGUACCCUCCGUUUGCUGAGUGGUUUCUUUCAGCUAUCCUGCCUAACAUGGGGCAGGAUCAAGGGGAGGAAAGCUUGCUACACAGAACAGGAUCAAGGCACUGGCUAGGCCUGAUUAAAAUCCCAAAUUAAAAUCGGUAGUGUCCAGGAUGAGUUUACCUCUUAGUUGGCAUGCCCCGUGGUGGUCCUGCCAAAUCCGAUUAUUCUAAUCAAAAUUUGCUGAUCUCUUAUACAAUGAAUGAAGAUGCUUGAAAAAUGGACUGUAAUUAGAAUUCAUGACACUUGUAUAUAUAUAUAUAUAUAUAUAUAUAUAUAUAUCAUUUCUAUGAAAAAUAUACAUGUGUAUCCUGUAAAGAAGAACCUACUACUUUUUAGAGUUAUGACUGCACUAUCUUUGUCCCAUUGGAUUGUUCAACUUGGUCCAUCUUAUCCAAUCUCAAUUGCGAUUAACCUUUCCAAUCCCGGAUCUAACGUCAAUUCAGAAAAUUUUGUUGUUAGUGUUGUGAUGUAUUGCCUCUUUUGUGUUUGUUAGGUAGGCUUUUCCAUGAUUUCCGUGUUGGGCUUUUCCUUUCUGCUUGUUUCCGUGUCUGUGCUUGUUUCCAUUCAGUUUACUUAUUUUAACAAAAAAUUAAUAGUGCCCAAUCAAAUGCUGUUUUAUCCAAGUCCUUGAUACCAAACGAAGACCAACUUUAUCCCCAGAUUAUUGUCAGUGGCCUCUUUGCCACGUUUUAAUUCAGACUGUUCCGUAUCUUUGUGUUGAUUGUAGCUAUGGUAUACCUUGAUAAAACAAUCUUGGUGAUUGGCGCUGCAAAUAUAAUUCAUGAUUUCUUGCAAUUGCUAUUUUGUUGUUAACUGAUAAAAUCUCUAUACGUUAUACCUUUCCACUGAUUAUUAAACCUUGAUUAACCAAAAGUGCAUUUCACUCAUGUUGUUCUUUUUUGAUAUCACAGGCUAUUGCCUGACCGUAAAUUGAAGUGCCUUUUGCAACGUCAGAUUAUUAGUUUACCUGUAUCAAGUGAUGGCUUUUCUUUAUUACUCUUCUGGUAUUGGGAAGAAUGCUUGAAGGAGCGGUAUGCCUUCUUUCAAAUUUUACCCACAGAAAAUGUUUCAUUCCAUUGUACAUGUUAAAUGAUUAAAUCCUAAUGCAAUAUCAACAAUUAGACCUACAAAACUAAAACAGAAUUUGCCAAUUUUGGGUUCUUUUUUGGUGGGGAGCUGCUCUUCUUUUUCUGAAGUUUGAAUGAAGAAAUUGUUCUUUCCUUCUUAGCUUUGAAGUAGAAUGCGAUUCAUUCUUUUGCAAAUUACGCCUCUCAUUAUGAACGUGACAAUCAACAGUUUAUAUAAUUCCCGGUGAUGCUUAGACUAUUAAGUUUUAAAGGGUGGAUAGUGACUAGGAAUAUUUUGUUCAGACAGUUGAUUAUCAUUUCUCCUUGGAGCGUCAAUAUGAAACUACUUGAAACUAGUUGUUUUUAUCUCAGUAGGAUUUAUGCUUGAAAUUCUUUUGUUUGAGUGCUCAACUACCAGUUACUGUACCCAUACACUGACAUGCACAUAGUUACACGAAUAUAGAGAAGGUGUGAUUUCCAUAAUAGAUAUGACCCCCAACAACAUCGAUCUUGGGCGUUUAAUUCAUCCAGCUUGUUGUGUACAUAAUCAAUAAAUGCAAGUCUUGAUAGACCCUCUGUGACUGCAUAUUAUUUUAUUUACGUGUUUGAUUUGUAUUUUGGCUCAUGGAUGCAUCUUUUUGCCCCAGAGAUCAGAGUUAAGCCCCCUUCAAUCCAGAGGGCAACAAAAUCAUUGACGAAUUCCUAUUUAUCUUCCCAAUCAAGUGGAGUGUCUUUUGUUGUUAGCCUUCAAGAAAACUGUGACCUUAUUGAUCCUCUCAGCUGUAUUCUGGUUAUUUAGUAAUUCUACAUUCUUUCUAGGUUCGCUAUUUUAGUGUUUGGAGAGACAGAAGGAAGAUGAUAGAAAACUGAUUUGGAUGAUGCUUGUCCAUAGAUCAUCAUAUAGACUUUAAUUCGCAAUAUGGUGUCAAUAUGAUGACAUCAGAAGGCAAUACAAGAGGCUGUUCAAAGUUGUAUUCCUUGAAUCUUGCACUUUCCCAGUUCCUUAUCGUUUUCCCAAGUAUUUAUGGGUUCUUUGUGAAUUCUAUUUCUGGUGAAGGUUUGUCUCAUUUUAUUUUCGUAAGAUUCAUUUAAUUGUUUGAUAAAACAGCAUUGGUGGCCUAUAGUUGUUUUAAUGCUGUGUCAAAGUUGAAACUGUUUCAGUAUAUCAGUAUUUCGAUUCCUAACUUUGUACUUACAUUGCAUGUCAACAUAUGUUGUGGCAUCAUAGAUAUGAGAAAUUUGUUGCUGCCCUUGAAGAAGCAUCAAAGGAUAUGCUUCCUAGUCUUAAGGAUAUAGCGACGAAAGUAUGUUCUUUUCUCUAUGCUUUCGUCCAUUAUUUUUGGUUGAUUUUUCUCAUUUUAUUUAUUCUUAGAUAAUUGAAGUUUUCCUCUCUUAAUAAGACCUGACUAUUUGUAAAGUCGCUGAUAAAUUAAGUUGAAGCAGCUACUGUAUGGUCUAUUGAGGAGCAAAAUGGAACAGGAACGUAAGCUGCUUUAUGCUCUUGUUAAUAAAGUGAGUAGCUGGUUGCUGUAGUCUGGAUAGUUGACUUAUAUUUGUUCAAGAUGAUGAUCUAUCAAUCGGUGUGCAGUGUUUUUGUUCUUUUGUCUACAUGUUGCUAAUUAACCGUGACUUAUAUUUCCAUUGUUAUCGUUGAAUUUCAUUUUCACAAUUUUAUUGUUACCUUGGUAAGUGCAGCUGGGAGAUCCGCUAAGAAAAGCAGCAUCUUCUGCUGGAUAUUACUUAACAUGCCUUUUAUCAGAGCAUCCAAAUAUGAAGGUAAAAUAAUCUGGCUGACUUAGCCAUGACAUCUGUGAGCUCUUACAUUUUUGUAGAAAAUUUGAAUCUAUCAGUUUCCUUAUCUAUUUUAUUUUUAGUGAUUAUAUAUGCCAACAGUUCUAUCUCAUGAAAUGGCAGAAGCUAGAGACAGAUUCAAUAAGUCAAUUAUUUUCAUGGAGCCAGCCGUGCGUUGGAUGUUAAAUGUAUUUACCUUUCUGUAUGUGUCAUUCCCAAUACUCAAGAUUUCAAUCCUCUUAAGAUUUCCAUGCAAUAAUUUAAUGUUGUUUCAGUUUGCUAUUGCAAUCCAAUCUUUGGAACUAUGAAAACUGCUUUGCUCAGGUGUCAUUUUUAAAAAAUUACAUUUAGGUUCCCUUGGUGGAUCUUUUGGUCAAUGCAGAAAGUGGUCCAAAUGAUAUUGGCAGCUCUUCUGAGUUAACAGUCUUGCCGAGAUCAUCUAUCCCAUCCUUCAAGGAGCGAGAAGUAAAAGUGAGACAUAAAGGAAACACUCAUAGUUCUCUAUACAGAUUACAAAUGCUUUCUCACCUCACCUCACACCCAAGCUCAAUCAAAAUAGCGGAUCAAGAACAGUAGAAGUUCAAAAAAGUCAUGAAUAAAAUAAUAAGUGAAACAAACUAUUAAUUCUGGCUCUGUUGUGUACCUGUGAACUUCUAUCAUUAUUGAGUAUAUCUCAAAUGUCAGUAUGCUUUCUUGCUGUAAAUAUGAGAUAUUUCAUUUGGAGGAUUCUUCUAGUCGAUUUAAAUUGCUCGAAGCUGAAUCGAUUGUGAUUUUCCUUCAUUUCGUUAUUCUUUCUGGUUUUCCUAUUUCAACAGACUGCAGAAGUUGGAUCUUUAGCUAUGAAAUUACAUUGAUCUGACGAAUUAUCUUUCAACUCUUUGAAUUUUGGAAUGCAUUUUUUUUUUGGAUCAUGGAUUUAAUUUCGCUCGAAAGAAACUUGCACAAGUGAACUGUCAAGCUUUCUGGCUCUCUGGUCUCUACCUCGUUUCCAAAACUACAAUUAAAUGAGAUGACUGAAACGAAUUCCGUCAUUUUAUUAUUUUGACUUAUUGUCGUCUCUUUUAGGAGGUGAUUGCCUUCUUGCGGAAUGUGCUAAUUACCCCAUCACUUGUUAUUAUUUGUUCCUUCUAUCUUUAUAUAAUUUCCUGAAUCUGUUAGAGCUUGUUACUGCAGAUAAAUCUGUUUUCCAUUAGUCCUCCCAUAAUCUCGCAAAAACACUGUUACUCAACUGGAACAUUAGAUUGGGGCCUCUAGUAUUUAGAGCAUGAUAGAAAUAUUGGAUCUAUUUGAUUCAAAUUGAUCAACUAAAUUAAGAUUCAGAGCGCCUGGUUUUUAUGAAAAAGAAAAAUAGAAUUGACUGAUUUUUAAAUAGUGGUUUUUACUUACAUAAAUCUGCUCUUGAAGGAUUGAGCCAUCUAAAGAGCCUCUUGGUUCUCUCCUGUAAGAAGAUAACUUUCUCGGUAGUGGAUGGAGUGAAUGAGUGAUUGAGAGAGCAGUUACACUGACCAAUUUAAAAGAAUAAAAAUCAGCCAGAGUAAACCUCGAUAGUACAACAUUUUACAGGUUCAUGUAAUCGAGAGGUAAUGGUACCAGCUACCAGGAUAUAAAUGGGUUACAUUAAGCUCGAAUUCAGUGAUCUUUGUGACCAAUGGUUUCAUCUGGCGUAGUAUCUUCAGGCUGUCUACACAACUUUGUGAGAAAAUUAAUAAUGUCUUAUUUUAAUUCAAAUUAAAAAAUAAGAUUGGCAAGAAAAGGAUAGAAGAUGACUUCAUGUAUGGUGAUGCGACUGUAAAAUAUAGGAUCUACAUCCAUACCGGCUUCUUAUAUCAAACACUGAUGAUGACGGUUUUUCUAGUAUCUCUCUUAGUCUUGCUGUUUUGAUCUGAUGGAUGGCCUAUACCUGAGCCAUAAUAUCUUCAAUAGAAAGCAUAAGUUGAUGGAUGCUAUUUUCAUAAUUUGAUGACGAUAAUGUGCACCCUAAACAUUAAUCAAGCAGAUACAUGAAGGGGGCACAGGUCUGAUGUAAAGGACAUCUUAGUUUGGACUUUUUUUUGAUUUAUUGAUUAUAAGUUCUCAUGAUCUCUGUGACAAUACACUUAUGAAGUUUGGUAUCUAUGAUGUAGUCAUCCAUAUCUGGCCCAUGGUUAGUUUUUAGGUAGGUGUGAAUAUGGUGUUUACCCUGUCAUCAUCAUGGAGUCAGUAUGAAUGCAAACUUGGCCGGAUUUACUUAGAUCUUUGCCUUCUAUUGUUCUAGCUGUGCCAGGGAUCAAUCCUAUGAUGACAUUUAUGGUCAAUAUACAUGCAUUUCUUGGGAUAACGUUGUAUGCAAUAUGCAGUAUUUACAUUGACUUGGUAGGCUGUCCAAUACAUAUGUUUACUUGACUUUUUAGAAGUCUACACGAAAAGACAACCAUAAUUUAACAAAUUUAUCCAGAUUGAGAUUCUGUCACCUAAUGCUGGAAUAUUACAAACUAUCUAUAUGAUGAGCUAUUGAUUGGCUUUGAGUGGCUGGUGAGACCUUGAGACCCAGCCAUCGUUUUCUCCAAAUAAUUAAGAGCUAUUUGUGAUUUUUCCCCCCCAAUGUAGGUUGUUCUGGAUUUGUCAUUUGUGCUUUCCCACAGAAUAUCAGUGUUAUGUGAAGUAUAUAAAAUAAUGUGAUUUUCCCAUUAUCUAUUGUACUAAUCCUAUUUUUUUUUCUUUUCAGCUUAUUGUCAUUGAAGAGGUUGAUGCUUUCAUAUUUCGACCUCAUGUGGGACUGCGAUCUAAGUAUCAUGCUGUACGUUUCAUUUUCAAAACUAUGAUGGCUAUUAUUAUACUUGCAGAGUUUUCAGUGUAUUUUCUUGGUUCAAGUGGGAUGUAACUAAGUUUUAGCACUUCAACCAUAUUGUGCAACUAUAAUUGAAAUAUCAUGCUCUAUGCUUCUUUUGUACGGCUACAAAACCUGUUACUACAUUGACAAAAUCUUACUGAGAUUUGCAUCUAGCGUGAAGUUCAUUGUGUUAUUUCUUACAUUAAAUGUGAUGUAACCAAAUUUGGGUAUUUCAACUUGCUAUUUAAUUAUUUUAAUGAACCGAAAGAAUUCCAUUUUCUUUCUGACGCUGAACAUAGCAUUAUCGAAGUCAAACUCAUAGCACCCUUCGUACUUAAUCUAUUUUUCAUCAAAUUGGGAUGACGAAAAAGCCUUUGUGAGCUGUCAUCUGCUUCACCUCAUUAUUUUUUCUAUCUGCAUAUUUAUUUAACUCCCAGUUAAUCUAUCUUAUAGAUUUAUAUUGGGUAUGGUCUUUACUUUAAAUUGAGCCCUUAUUCUGGAUGAUUUUAUGCCCAGGUUAAUUUUUUGAGCCAAAUUCUUCUGUCAAAAAAAGGCGAUGGUCCUAAAGUUGCGAAACGCUUGGUUGAUAUAUAUUUUGCACUAUUCAAGGUAGGGGACUAUACUGCAAAUGAUCAUCGAUUUUUGGCAUUUUGCAUACACUACGUAGUGUCAUGAUAUUUCUCGUGUUAGAUUUGAUUCCCAAUUUUCUAUCUUUGGUAAUUGAUGACGCUAGUAACAGGAAUGAGCUUCUUUCCUCUUGAGGAUUUUAACUCUGCUAGCAGUUGUUUUUGGUAAAUAAAUUUGAUGCCAUUGUUUUUAUCAUCCAUUGUUUUUAAGUAAAAGUAUUCUCAUGAGAACAGUUAGUCAUGGGAGGCCAAAGAGAAGAAAUUCCUUUCAUGAUUGAUUUCAUUGACUGUGUCAAUUCUCAGUGUAUCAAGGCUUUCCGCAACUUCUCUGCUUCUGUGCGUCCUUCCUACAACUGCAUGAUUUACUCUUUGUAAAACUGGACAGUUGCUUAGCUUUUAUGAUUAUUUGUUCCGAGUUUAAUAAGCACUCUCAUAGGAGUAGCGACAUGAAGAGCUCUGUCAUCUUGAAGUGUAUUUCUGUUAAGAAAACUCAAUUUGUCCUCCACUUUUUCCUAUAAGUUGUCAUUUGAGUUAGGAAUUGAUUAAACAGAGCAUCAUUCAGAGUUGUACUAAAAUGCAUGAAUGCGAAGAAGUGGCUAGGAGAGGAAGAGGAUUCUUUGAAUGUGGAUUGGAGAAGAUGGUGAGGCUUCAACGGGCACGUGGUCUGAGGCUGAGAACGGAGAUAUGUGAAAAGGAAAUGUAAGGAAGAGGAUGCUGGGGAAAAUGUUUGCAGCUGAUGAGGUACGGAAGGAAGUUAAAAGAGGUCUCCUGUGUAAGUUUGAGUUUGGAACAAUAAAUAGGGCUGGAAGGCCAGUAAGUUGAUGGCAGAAGAGAAGUUGAGGAAGUGGGAAGGGGAGGGUCGACAGUAAGGAGGAUAGGGUGAGUAUAGGUUGGUGGAUUAUCACAAGCAGAGGUUGACGAUGUUCGAAUGGCAUUAUCACACUCUUUGUGUUGGGAAAUGACUGCUAUGCAUAGUGGGUAUCAGUAUUGGAGCAAAUGACUGAACAUGAAGCUAUGUCUCUUGGGAUUACAUGAAUGGCUGAAAGGGUAGUGGAGUUGCGUUUGCAUUUGUGUGAGCAUUAAUGAUUCACAUUGGCCUGCUUGCAUGAUGUAUGCAUGAUAUAUUUAUAUAUGUUUAAUUCAACACAAUGAAUAUGAGGUAAUGCUUAAUCUUUUCUAAACUUGUGUUUUCUUAUAUUCUUCAUCGUAUUUGACGUUUUUUUGGAAUAUUUCUUACACAUCAAUGAGAUCAUCAAUAGUUGGGCUUCGUUGGGCUUGAAUUAAACCCUCCUCUCGUAAUGCCAUUCUAAUUUUCGAAAUCAGCUGCGAUAUGCACACUUCAAAUCCUGAUUUGAAACCUUUUUUGUUGAUCCAAACUUUAAUUAAAGACGUUUAUGACUCAGAAUAGCUUGGAUUGGGCCUCUUUGUUCCCCAUCAUACUGACUCAGAAUAGCUUGGACUGCUCAAUCAGAAAAGUAACUUUUCAGUAAAUAUUAGAUAAUUGGAAAUAGAAACUUUUUUAUCGAAUGCUGCUUACCAAGUGGUUUUGGUAGGUUCAGCAAUUGCCUUUCUUUGAGAAAAUUGGAUAGAUUCUGGACAGGAUCCGUCUCUUUGUCUAGCUGCUUCUUUCCUUUGCUAAUCCAGUCACUUGUCACGGAAUACAUGAAGUUUUCUGACAUUGCUCUUAUGAGCAAUUCUCUCAAGAGCUUCACUAACUAAUUUUGUUCAUUUAGUUGACUUUAUUGCAAGGUCAGUUUUCUGAACUGGCUUUCACAUUUUUCAGGUGCUGAUUUCAUCUGGGCCUGAUAAUGCAGAAGGUGAUAAUGCUGCCAGGAACUCCAGGGAUCAUGUUCAUGGCGUGAAGAAAAAUACCGAGGAUAAAAAAUGGAGAUCUAGAUCGGUCAAGAGCAAAGAGCAUUUGCUGGAAUCUUGUGUUGAAAUGGACUCCCGUCUUUUAUGUGCUCUUCUGACUGUAAGUCUGUGUGCUGUUUUUUUUAAUCAUGAUUACCUGUUGGUAUCAUGAUCCUUGCAUUUCAAUAAAAAAGCUAAGAACCGUAUUUGCAUUUCAAUAUUAAGGUAGUUAUUGUAGACGUGAUAAGUUACUCUAUAUUACUGUAUCAAAUUAUAUAAUGAAGUGUGAUUAUAUAAUGAAGUUAUUAUAGGGCAUUACCAUGUGUUCAGUCUUAGGUGUCAGACCCCUUAUAAAAUCUAUCAUCUGUUGGUAUAUUCAUUCAUAAAGAAGAAGACAAUAAGUUGUAGAUACUGCUGAUCAAUGUCUAUUUCUAGGUUCGAUUAGUCAAAGAAUGUUUCCAUGUGUGACUUGUAAAGUGUUUGUACAUAUCGCUCUUCUUAACGCUUAGGUUCGUUUCUUAUUUCGAGUAUUUACAUGGUACUACCUGAUGUUCAAUAUUAAUUGACCAACCCUUGAUAAAAUCUGUCAUUUGUUGACCCUUCCAUACAAAAAAAACUACAAGAGUGUUUCCAUGCAAAAAAUAUUGAUUGCGCCUGAUAACUUGCCCCAUUUUGAUUCAAUUUAGGUGAAAACUGAUCGUAUCAUUUUCAACUGCUAGUUCCUGUUGGAUAUGUCGUGUACAAAACCCAUGGAAACUAGUGGACAUGCAGACGUUCCUAUUUUUUCUGUUCAAAACUUUCCCUUGACUCUGCAGCAAUUAUCCAUAUUAACUCUCACUGAUUUUCUUUCAUUAGUUAUUGGUCCUUUCCUUUAAUUAGCUGAUAACAUACAUACUCAGGCGUAAAUUUGUAGGUAUUGGCAUCUUGAUUAAUUCCCAACCAUUCAUAUUUGAGGUCCAUGUUAAUGGCCUGAAAAAAGCAUCCAUUCUACAUGUUUCACAUUCAUAUUAUAAAUGUAUUUUUCUGUAUCUAUCUGGAAGCUGAAUGAUGUGUCUUAUGGUUGGAAUUUGUUCACACAGGGUGUCAAUAGGGCAUUUCCGUUUGUUGCGAGUGAUGAGGCCGAUGAUAUAAUAGAGGUUCAAACACCCAUUCUUUUUAGAUUGGUAAGCUUGUAAAAACUUUCUGCUUGUUGAACCUUUUGGGUUGACAGUACUGUCAUUUGGAGUGUGAGGUUGAAUAUUUUUAAUUGCAGGUUCAUUCAAAAAAUUUCAACAUAGGCGUCCAGGCCUUGACACUCUUGUACCAAAUUUCCUUUAAGAAUCAGAUUCUUAGUGAUCGUUUUUACCGUGCUCUGUAUUCAAAACUUCUUGUACCUGCUGCCUUGAAUUCUUCUAAGGUAAUUCUUUUUUUAACUACAUAUUGUUGUCGUUUAUUUUAAUACAGGUACCUUAUUUUUUCACCAGCGACUAGGAGUGCAGUGAAUUUUAAAAAACCAAAUGAAAGUACCACUUUUAUCAUUAAAAAUGGAAAUACUUCCAUGGGGGGACUAGGUUAUGUUUUGCUAUAGAUCAAUUGGAAAACGUUGACUAAAAUCUACCUAAACAAUUCCUAAAUAGCCUCUUCAUCCACUUUUGUUACCUCAUACACUCUCCGUCCGUGCUACUAUGUAAGGGUUAAAUGUUAUUGUUCUCUCAACUUGUUAAUGUCAUCAAAAAAAUACUCGGGAGUCCUAGUGAAGUGUUGGAAGAAGGGAGAAUGCUUACGGUGGUUAUUAUCAAAAUUCUAUAUUUUACUGCUUGCAUGUUCUAUGAAGUUGGAAGGCAUGUGCUUUUUUCUUUGUACUGAGAGGGUUCCGGUUUGGUUCUAUUCAUGGGGCUUACCAAUGGAAUCUAAAAUUUAUCCUUAAAUCUGGACUGCCAAGGAGGUUUGAUCAUUGACUUUGACUACACAAUAAGAAAAAGGAAAACUAAUGUGACAAUUUGGAAGUGCUCAUAAUUUUUUUUUUUCUCAUCGACUUAACAUUUAAUGAAACAUUUUCAAUUAUAGCUUCUUAUCAUACUCUGGUUGCAAUACUUUUCUUGUGUAUUAAAAUAUUUAACAAUUAUACUGGCCUUUUUCAGCAUGAAAUGUUUCUCGCGUUACUGUUCAAAGCGAUGAAGAGUGAUUUAAAUGUGAAACGCAUUUCUGCUUUUUCCAAGCGGCUUCUGCAGGUUGGCAAUUAACCUUUUCUUUCUUAUCAGAUACAAUUUCAAAAUCAUGUCAGUUGGUCCUAGCACAUCUCCAAAAAAAAUCGAGGGCAUUUUGUCUAGUCUUGCACUGCACUGGAUUGGUUUUUUAUCACAAUUAUUUGAUUGCUCCCCUGCCCAAGCAAUAUUUUCCUGUUAUGUCUAAUUUUAUUGUUUUUAGUUCAACAUUAUUUUCGUUACUGUUCCAGUUUUCUCAUGGACUAUGCUGAGGAGAAUAUUUAGUUUUUACGAUGCCUAAGAAAGCUGUGGUUUUUUAUUUCUACAGAUAUCACUGCAGCAACCACCUCAAUAUGCCUGUGGAUGCCUUUGCCUUCUCUCGGAAGUCCUUAAAGCAAAACCACAUAUGUGGUAAGCCUUUCUGAUGAUUUGUGUCAACUGCAUAUGAUACCCAUACUUUGAUUUUUUGACUCUUGGUCGUGAAAGUGUUGCUUAGACAGUCUAGAUGCCCAAAGCAUUUUGAGCGCCUGUGUGCAUCCUGGCUGGACCUCUUUUCUAGUCCACCUAUGCAUGGAAUGCCCACAGGGGAUCACUUUGGUGGCGGAUGCGGUUCCCAGCAUGCCUAAAAUUUACUGUUAUGCUUGUCUCUCCUCGGUGGACAGCAUUUACGUUGGCCGGUUAAGGCAAACGUGAACAUCAUUUGGAGCAGAUAGAGUAGUUGUUGCCUAAUCCCUUUGGCUUGCUGCCUGGGCAGAAGGCAGUUGAAUGUGUUCUGCAUUUGGUUUUUUUACUUUACCUUUCAUUUGUACAGGAGUAUGAUGCUUCAAAAUGAAUCUGUUGAUGAAGAUCUUGAGCAUUUCACGGAUAUACAGGAGGAUACCAAAGAAAUAACUGAUGCUACAUUUGGUGGUUCAAUAAAAUCUCUUUGUUCAAAUCUUCGGGUUAAAGAAAUGGGUGAAACAAGAGAUCAAAGUUUAUUGGCUGAUGAGAAUUUUGGUGACAACUCAGAGAAUUGCAAAUUUAAAGUUAGAAGUUCAUCUGGAGAUGCUAUCGUGGAUAUGAAGAAUGAAAAAUUGAAGUCCUUAAUUAGAGAGGGUAUGGAACCUUGCAUAAAGACUCCUUUAUCUGCAAGAUAUGAUCCGCGUCAUAGAGAGCCCUCGUACUGGUAUUUCUUUGUACUUCCCACGCUGUUUAUUCAUAAAGCUACAUUCCUCACGUAUCGCAAGUGCUUGUCCUGUCUUUUAUUCCCUUAAGCACACAGUUAUGCUCCUUUACUUCUGUUUGACAAUGUUGUUAGAUUAAGCAGAAGGUUCUUGCAUUAUGUUUCCUUGUGUUUAUCCUGAUGAAUAUUUUUUCUAUCACUCUCUCUCGUUUAACUAUGUCGUUGCAGCAAUCUGCGAACUCUGGAUGGUUCUGUGUUCCUUAGUCAAGAUAUCCUGUCUUAGGAUCCAAGCUGUUGAUAGGAACCCAAAACGGGGACGCACAAAAUAGUAGAAAAUAAAGAACAGAAGCAUGAAAAUAAGGAGGAUUGGGCUCCGACAGGAACCCUAAUACCAGUUCGUGGUGAUCUUUCAAGAGGACCACCUCUCUCCUCCACAAGCCGCAACCUGCCCAAAACCUUGUCCCCUGUUCUCUCAUUCAAUCCCUGCCUGACAUUUACCUAAAUACCUGCCUACUUAGCCUCACAUGACCCACACGCCCUCUUACUCUUGGUGUAAGGCCCGAUGGGAGCCUAACAGCUGCUUCUAAAAGACUUAGUAAAAUCCCGUUAUUUUCUUCUGAUCACUCGAAUCUAGAUCACGCUCAACAUAAUUAGAGUGGAAGUCGAUUGGUAGAAUCUAUUAUUUUAUAGAUUAUAUAAUACUUGAUAGAAUGAACCACCAUGCCUCACAUCGGCCAUCUGCCUUCUUGCCCUGGUUGCAAGGAUAUGGGCUAUUUGCUUGCUGACAUGCCACUGCCUUGUGUGUGUGUGUAUAUAUCUAUAUGUUUUCAUAGUUGCAUUGAUGGACGAUAACUAUAGGAUUCAUGAGCGAAAAGGCUGCACAUGAAUUCCUAAGAAAGCAAUUUUGAAUUCUCAAAUAAUUUGAAUGUCUCGAUUUGAGAGAAAAAUGGUCGUGCUGAUUUUAUUUCCAAGCACAAUUUUUAAUGUAGAAAAGCUUAGGGACGAAAGUAGGAAAAUAAAAGCUCGAACCGAGAUUGGAGUCAAAUCAAAAUAUGCAUCGACUGGUAGUUCUGUGAAAGUUUUUGGAUCAAAAUGUUUUUCUUAUAGGGGUUCCAUGGGGACAAUAAUGCUCUAUAAAGUUAAUGGCAUUUUCUUAUAAUAGCGUUUUGACAGCAAUGCAGAAACUGCUGGUUGGUGGGAAUUAACACUCCUGGCUGCACAUGUGCAUCCAUCCGUAGCAGCCAUGGCUCAAACCCUUCUGUCCGGCGUCAACAUUGUAUACAAUGGUGACCCUUUAAAUGAUCUAUCCCUUGCUGCUUUUUUGGACAAGUUCAUGGAGAAGAAGCCAAGGGCGAAUCAGAGAGGAGAGGAAAUGUGGCACGGUGGUUCCCAAAUUGCACCAGCAAGAAAGGUAUAGCAUGAGAUACCUAUUGAUGUUACAAAUCCAAGCAAGAAUUCAGUUUGUGGCUUUCUGAUUCAGCAUGAUAUUAUUAUCGUGAUCUCAUUUUUACUUGUACUAUGCAUUAACUACCUUAUCAUUUCAUGAACGUUGAUAUUUUUUGCUUCAUUUUAUUACCAAGUAUUGGCACGAACGUUUUUAAAUUAUUUUACUUUGUUUGUUUAGUUUCCUUAUUCAUGUCUCUUAUAUUCUGAAAUCUGUAUUGUUUUUUUCUUCUUUCUCUUAAACUUUUUGUUUGUUUGCUCCUGUGCGUUUGUCUCAGAUAGAAUGCUGAGUAACAUACUUCAGCGUUUCCUACUAAUCUUAAUUAUCUUGAAUGUUCAAUCGUUUUACUCUUGAACCAAUAUGUUUUUGAUGCAAAGAGUCGUGCAAUCCAAUUUCUUGAUAAACUAGAUAAAUCGAAAUUUAAUAACUAGUGUGUAGGUGAUCUGGUUACAGCAAUGCAGUUUCUACAAUAACCCUGUGGUUUACGAUGUGUGUUUUAACUUCUGAUUUUAUACGGGACUUCAUUGCCGCUGAAAAGUGAUAAAUCUUUAUGCAUUUAAUAUUUUAUUCUGGUUUUGCGGGACCUUACGAUAUGUAUAUGCCACAAGUUAGUGCAACUUUUGUUCAUUAUCAACCUAGCAUGGGUAACUUGGAGCUUCUCCAAUGUUUUGAAAGCUCUCUUCAACUCCUUGAAAGGUUGCAUCUAGCAGCAACAGGUGGUUCCUGUGACGACGAUACUCAUUGUCACGCAAUUCGAUGUUAAAUUUAACAAAUGCAGUAUAAUCAGAUUUACAUUUCUUCUCUACUAGAUUCAAGUGAUAAAGAUAUGAUGAUUUUUCGAGUGUUGGGAUAUUUUGUGUUGGUGAACCAGCACAAAGAAAAAGAAAUCAUUAUCAUGCCUAAAUGUUGAAGAUUAACGCACAAUCAAUGAUUGGCUUCGUAUUUAUGAUUGCUUAGGCUUGAGGUUGAUUGAUUUUUUGACUACAGAUAUUCUAGGAGAUGAGUUUGUGAAGUUGUUGCUUAUGAGGUAGUAGGUGUUUCAACUUAGUGGGGAAAACUUCAAAUGAGACAUUAAUUGUAAACACCAUUUAGAUCAUGGUCUCAAAUGAAGCCAUCAAUGUGACGGCAAUUCUUUCUUAGAUAUUAUGAUUAACUGUAACUCCAGGGAUAUCAGAACCGUUGGUUAAAUGAUGUGAAGCCUUUAUUUGGAGAAUUCGCAAUUAUAUUUUCUUUCUGAGCCACCAAAUAGCUUGCUUUUGGUGAGUACAUCCGAAAGGCCAUUGUUUGAUGAGCUAGCUUUCAAAACUUGUCCUUGGAACUACAGUUUUUGGCAAAGUGACAAGAGUACAUUAAGAAUCUUGUGACGUUCCCAUUAUUAUGCAAAAACAUCAGUCAUAUGUUAAUUUAAAAAAUUCAACCUUAUGAAUACUUAUUCCUCUUGGGUUUAUAUAUAUCAAAUAAUGGAAGCAUCAUUAUAGAUGAGGAAAGGGUGGAAAUAAUUAGAAGGUCGCCUGCCUAAAGAAAUGUGCCUGAAGUAAACUCUUUCCGUUCCAUGUCUUAACAUAGUUCUUAUGGGUGGUCUAUUUGCAAUUUUGGUUGCAUAGUUAUCCUGGUUUUGCGGAUUCUUUGCAGAAAAAGCACUUUGUAUGAACAUAAGAAGCUAAGUGGAGCUUCCAUGUAAUCAAGUAGAAACUUACUUCAGCUUGUCUCAGCUCCUCAUAACUUUAAGAGGUUUUGUGAGAGGAAUGUGACACGUGAAAUUGGUUGGCUUGUUUAAUUUGAAGAGGAAAUGCAUAGCUUCAUAUAGUCCGAAACUUGGCAGGCAGUAAAUAAAUGUUCCACUUGGUCCACAUAUACCUUCUGGUACUUGACUUUGUCACAAGAUGGUCGCAAGGGAGAAAACCAUCCGAGAGUUAAAGGAUAGUUUAAAAGAUGAAGGGAAAAUUUUCUUUUGAACUCACUUUCAGUGAUAUUUGACCCUAUGCUUCAAAGUUGUCGUGCGUCAUAUUUGAGGGAGAUGGUUUUUUUGAUAUCAUAUGAAGAACAAAUGCUAUUUAUGUCGUUCAUUUGUUGGGAGGAUCAUAUUUCAUGAAAUUGUCAAAACCAUGUAUGAUUGUGAAUGGCUGUUCCACAGUCACCUCAGUUUGAUUCUUAGCUGAAUUUCAUCAAUACUUGGUAUCAAUAAACAGAUGGUCACAUAGAAGUAGAUGCCACCAUUGAAAAUAUGGCUCAAAUUCUUUUAAGUAGUUAGGUGAAACAAUAGUACUUAGUAGUGACCAAAGUUGAACUUUUUAUUAUAACAUGGUGAUAUGGACAUACUCCGGGUUAUACAGAUCUGGUUCUUCCUAAAGGUUACUCUGUGGUUGUUAGAUUAUUUUAUCAUCCCUUUGAUGAAAAAUCUAAAGCUGCAUUUUGAGGCAAAAAAUGUCAAGUAUAAAGGAAUCGCUUGAGCAUAAAUGUGAAAGUUAUUUUCUGAUAAUGAUGAGGUGGUAAUGCUUUUAAAUAAAGAAAGAUUCUCAAGAACAUGAGUGACAAUACCUGUGGUUGACUUUUCUAACUUCAUGAGUAUCUGAAAGACUUUCAAUAUCUUCUAACAUAAGGUGAUAUGUAAUUCGGUAUAUUUGGGGUAAAAACUUGCAGAGAAUAACUUCAAAAGAGAGAAUAAGUUUUAUAUUGAUAAUGGACGAAUGGUAACCUGUGGCUUGCAGGUUCACUAAUGUGUAAUAGAGAACCAAAAUACCGUGAUACAUUAUCAGCUAUCAAGGGGGAUUAUGUCUAGUUCGAAAUUAAUUAUUAAAGCACUUAUAAAAUAUUCCUCUUAAUUAUCUUAGGUGCUAUUGAAUUGUAUCAUCUGUCAUACGCACCGCUUCUUAGUCCUAGACCUGUCUGCUUACUAAAGAUGUUACCCACAUCACUCGUUAACCUUUGUUUUUCUAUAUUUAUUGAGUUUUCAAAAUUUUCCCUCAACGUUUUGGCAAUGGUACGUCUCAAGAGAGUAAUCGCUUCGCUAAGCAAAAAAUCGGCAAUAAUGUGUUCAAAUCAGUUGAUAUUUGAAGUUAUCCAUUCUCAGUGUUUUAUUAGAUCAUAGUGCCUUCAUUAGAAAAAUAUUCGCUCUGCAGAUUCAGCUCUGAUUUCCCAUCCUGUAGAGAUUUGUGUUUGUCGUCAUGUUUCAAAGGUGGUGCUUGCCUGCCCAUGUUGUGGAUUUGCUUCAUCAUAAUUUAGUACAAAGUCGUCCUUUCAGACAUACUAUUAUGUCGUUUUCAUGUUAUAUUUUCCUUAAGUUAUGAUUUUUCAGUGAACUAUCUGCCUCUAAGAGGUUGUUUUUUGUUCUGAGUGGGAUUCUUGUGCUUGUACUUUAUUUUCAAUAUGUUUUUUGUUUUCAUUGAAUGUAAUUUUUUUACUUGUUCUUUCAUUAUGAUGGAUCAACCCUUUUAGGCUCUUUACCGAUUUCCGUGUUAGACUGUGUUGUCUGUAUAUCCUUCUUUGCUUAUGAAUAAUCAGUUCAGUCACAAUUAUGUAAAUCAAUAAAUCACCUGUCUUUCAUGUGCUCAUUUGGAUGAAUUAUUUGAGUAAAUUAUUUUGGCUUAGUGUUUUGAGUUUCUGAUUUAUGUCUUGAGUUAUGCAUGGUAGUCUGUGGCUAAUUUAUUCCUUGGUUCUCCAAAGCUUGUAAAGAUCUUGCAUAAUUUUAGAAUAAUGAAUUGGAUAUGUUAAUAUAUAAUUCCUUUCAACCUAUACAUUCUACUCAAAAUUGUCUCAUAAGAUUUAUCAAUCAGCGGUCGCUGCUUUUUGCAUUAUUUUUUCAGGCGAUGUUGUGAACUCAGUGCAAAAUAUAACAUGAAUCCAAUAUAUAGUCAUUACAUAUAUAUUAUGUGUGAGUGUAUCAGGUUAUAUGCUUCGUCAUAGGACCACAUUUGCUGGUUACGCUGUGAUCCGGUAGAAAUAUGUAAGGUGCUUGUAGUGUCAGCAGCGUCAAUAGCUUAUUAUCUUGUUCUUCAGCACCGGUCUGCAUUCUCUUCUGUGGCCUACAUUCAUAGUAGCUUGAAUCAUUGGAUAUUUAUAUCACUGUUUUGCUCUGUUUAUGUAUUUGUUUAUCAUUCCUUAGACUUUGACUCAGUAAUAGUUUGUGUUCUGGGAGGAUAACAAGUUACAUAUUUAUUUGUGUUUGCAGCUUGACCUGGACUCUCAUCUGAUUGGAGAGGACAUAUUGCAGCUAGCAGAGAAUGAGGUUCCUCCCGAAGAUAUCAUUUUCCAUAAAUUCUAUGCUAAUAAAAGUACGGCAUCAAAGAAAAAGAAGAAGAAGACGAAAGCCGUGGAUGAGGAUGAUGAGUUGGUCCCCAUCGGAAGUGAUGACAGUGCAGAUGAGGAGGUGGAAGAGAUAUUGGGUUUGGCGCCACUUACUUCCAAAGAUAUGGAUGGAGAGUAUGAUUAUGAAGAUCUGGACAUGGUCGCCGCUGAGGAUGAUGAUGAACUGAUUGGCGAUGGCAGCGAGGGAGAAGUCAAUUCUUCUGAUGAGGUUGCCCCUGAGGAAGAAGACCCAGACGAUGAUAGUGCUAGCGAUGGCAGCUGGGACGGUCAGGUUGACGGAGAUGGCAGUACCUUGGGAGAUGAUGACCUAUGGGAAGAUGAACCGCUGCACAAGCCCAAAAAGAAUAAGAAAUCUCAGGAAUCCCCAUUCGUAAGUGUGGAAGAUUUUGAACGUGACAAGGAUAAAUAUUUGGACAGCAGCAGCAGCGGCGGCAGAAAAAGGAAACCUAAAUCACAUCAACCAAAGCAGCAGCAGCAGCAGCAGAAGAAGAAACGAAGUAAGGUGUCAGCCUGA